CACCUCCACCGCCACCAGCGCAUCCACACAGGGGAGCGACCCUACAAGUGCAGUGAGUGUGGGAAGAGCUUCACAAGUAAUUCUGACCUCACCCACCACCAGCGCAUCCACACAGGAGAGCGACCCUACAAGUGCACCGAGUGUGGGAAGGGCUUCAAAAGCAAUUCUGAACUUGUCCACCACCAGCGCACCCACACAGGAGAGAGACCCUACAAGUGCCCCAAGUGCGGGAAGGGCUUCAAAAGCAAUCCUGACCUCAACCGCCACCAGCUUGUCCACACAGGAGAGAGACCCUACAAGUGCCCUGAGUGUGAGAAGAGCUUCAGAAGCGUUUCUGACCUCAUUGUCCACCAGAUCAUCCACACAGAAGACACACCAUACAGCUGUCCUCAAUGCCCACAGAGUUUUAAAAGCAAUUCUGACCUCACCCACCACCAGCGCAUCCACAGAGGAGAGAGACCCUACGAGUGCAAUGAGUGUGGGAAGACCUUCAAAAGAAAUUCCCAUCUCACCUACCACCAGCGCACCCACACAGGAGAGAGACCCUACAAGUGCCCUGAGUGUGGGAAGGGCUUCACAAGCAGUUCUGACCUCAUUGUCCAUGAGCGCAUCCACACAGGAGAGAGACCAUUUAAGUGUCCGUGUGGGAAGAGCUUCAAAAGAAGUUCUGACCUCAUUUACCACCAGCAUAUCCACACAGGAGAGACACCCUACAAGUGCCCUGAGUGUGGGAAGGGCUUUAGAAGAAGUUCUAACCUCAGCUCCCACAAACGCAUCCACAGGGUAGCAGCAUCCAAGCGUAGCAGCGCCCUGAGUUUGUGAGAACCUCCAGAAGCAGUUCCUGCCUCCUGCCCUACCACACAUCCCCCCAGGAGACAGAGCCUGCAGUGCCCAGUGUGCAAAGAGCUUCAUCCAGAGCCCAAGCUUCAUUGCUAUCCCAAGAAAAUCUCUCGCUGUGCCCAGUUUUCUCUUCUGCUUGUCCUGCAAGCAGCUUUUUGAAGCCGUUCCCUAAGGAAAAGCGGCUGUGCAGGCAUGUGCUGUGUGCCUGUGUGCCAUGUGUUCCUCUCAGUCAUUUCUGAGUCCACUGAUGAGUCAGGUAAAAGGGGCAAGAGAAAAAUAAUGCUACUCUUGGAGUCUUACUGAAAAUCACAUGCAGGUGAAUGGGGAGGGGGAGAAUAAAGUAGCUAAGUUGUCCCAGAGCUUUUGUUUUCAUGGAGGUCUCACCCUAUUUUCUUAAAAUCAAAGAUAAUGGGUGAAUGCAGGACAGGGAAAAGAUAAUGGGGGGUUUGUUACUCAUGCUGACUCCAGCUCUUUCUUCUUCUGGAUGAAGGCACGUUUCAUACACAGUCCCAUCACCCCUCCUAACUGUGCUACACAUUGGCUGUACGUCUCUUCCUGAAUGCUUUGAUCAGGAGCUCAGAACAGCUGUCAGACACCAAGUGUGGGUGGGCUCCAAUAAACCGAUGAAAGCUUAGCUUGUUCUUCCGAAAUGCAGCGUCUCAGGACUCAGCAGGUGCUGUGAGCAGAAGGCAGUGCAAAGCCACACA